CUCAUACCAUCCACCAUGCCAAGUGUAGCACCCCGUCCAAAGCUGCGUAUCUCUAUAGAUCGUGGCGGAACAUUCACCGACUGCAUCUGCAAAGUCCCCGGGCAAGAGGACAUUGUCGUGAAGAUUCUUUCAGUCGACCCCAAGAACUAUGAAGACGCUCCCACGGAAGCCAUCCGGCGCGUGUUGGAGAUUUACUAUGGCACCAGUAUUCCCCGGGGAACAGGGCUGGAUACGAAGGAUAUCGAGUCAAUCCGUAUGGGCACGACCGUUGCCACGAAUGCAUUGCUAGAGAGAAAAGGCGAGCGCACUGCUCUCCUAAUCACCGCAGGCUUCAGAGACUUGCUGGAGAUCGGCAAUCAAUCCCGACCGUUCAUGUUUGACCUGUCGAUCCGGAGGCCCGAGACACUUUACUCUGAUGUAUUCGAGGUGGAUGAGCGCGUGGCCUUGCGUAAUUGCGCUGAUACCGAUUUGCGAAGCAUGGAUCUGUCCUCGCCACGAGCAGAUAGAGAGGUUGUGGGCACUUCCGGAGAGACGGUGCAGAUCAUCAGGUCGCUAGAUGUCGAGUCCACCGAGCUUUAUCUCAGGAAGAUAUGCGCAGAAGGAUUCAGGUCGGUGGCAGUAUGCUUAAUGCACGCCUACACAUUCCCUGACCACGAACUGCAAAUUCGAGACCUGGCUAAGCAAAUCGGGUUUGAGAAUGUCUCGCUAUCUCAUGUCGUAUCCCAACGAACAAAGAUCGUGCCUCGAGGUAACUCCGCAGUGAUCGAUGGGUAUCUGACUCCAACCAUCGAACGAUACCUGAAGCAAUUCCUGACCAGCUUCCCUGAUAUCGAAAACUCGGACACAAAGCUGGAAUUCAUGCAGUCGGACGGUGGACUGGUCCCAGCCCAUAGACUCUCCGGACUGCACUCCAUUCUUUCUGGCCCGGCUGGCGGUGUUGUUGGGUAUGCACGAACCUGCUACGACGAAACCAACAAAGCGCCUCUAAUCGGCUUCGAUAUGGGAGGAACUAGCACAGACGUCAGUCGGUACGAUGGAGCCCUGGACCAUAUUUUCGAGACAACCACUGCAGGCAUCUCGAUGCAAACGCCGCAACUCAACAUUAACACGAUCGCUGCGGGCGGAGGGAGCAUCCUGUUCUGGCGCGACGGGUUGAUGUCUGUCGGUCCCGAGAGCGCGUCGUCCGACCCUGGCCCGGCAUGUUAUCGAAAAGGUGGACCGUUGACUGUCACAGACGCCAAUCUGGCGCUUGGAAGGUUAGUUCCGGAGUUCUUCCCCUCUGUGUUCGGUCCAAAUGAGGAUGAACCUUUGGACCGCGACAUUGUCAUUGCGAAAUUCGAAGAGUUGACUAUAACGAUCAACCACGACACCGGAAAGUCGAUGAACUGGGCUCAGGUGGCUCAAGGUUUCCUCGACGUGGCUAAUUCUGCCAUGUGUGGCCCUAUUCGAAGCCUUACCGAGGCUCGCGGGUACGAUACAACAAAGCACCACUUAGCAUCCUUUGGUGGAGCAGGAGGACAACAUGCAUGUGCCAUCGCCGAAUUACUCGGCAUUCAAAAAGUCCUGAUUCACAAGCACUCCUCGAUUCUAUCUGCAUAUGGAAUCGGAUUAGCCGAUGUCGUGCAGGAAGGCCAACGGCCCUGUGCGAAAGCAUACAACACCUCUAACCUACCGACCAUAUUUAACGACCUGGAAGACCUUUCUCAGUCAACCAAAGACCUGUUGGGCAAUGAUGGAAUACUGAAUGUUGACAUGGAGCGUUUCCUCAGCAUGAGAUAUGACGGAAGUGAGACAACCAUCAUGACUGAAGUAGAUCCAAGUCACGAUAUGUUGCAAUCCUUCAUCAACGCUCAUCACCAGCAAUUCGGGUUCACCCCUACUGACCGGCAGGUGUUUGUUGAUAGCAUUCGCGUUCGUGCCGUGGGCCGAGGGUCUUUUGAACCUCUCUCACCGGAGACUUCAAUUCCAACCUCUGGCAAACAGGACCUAGCGGAUAUCCCAACUCCGCAAUCUACUAAUCGGGUCUACUUUGCUCGGCUCGGAUGGACUGACACGCCUGUGUACAUUCUCAAGUCCAUCCCUCUGGGACAAAAGGUCCAAGGCCCAGCUCUUGUUGUCGACGAAACGCAAACCAUCCUCGUGGGACCUGGGUCGUCAGCAACCUCCGAGUCCGAAAAAUUGAUACUGGACAUCAAUGUCAGUGAAAAAAACCGCAUCGUGGCUGCUGAUACAAUCGACCCGGUUCAACUCUCCGUAUUCCGACAUCGCUUCAUGAGCGUGGCUGAACAAAUGGGCCGUGUAUUGCAGCAAGUCAGCGUGAGUGCGAAUAUCAAAGAACGCCUUGACUUUAGUUGUGCGGUAUUCAGUCCAGAUGGGUCCUUGGUGGCCAAUGCGCCCCAUGUCCCUGCCAUGAUCGGCAGUAUGGCUUUUGCUGUGAGGGGUCAGAUUGAAUUGUGGAAGGGAAAGUUGAAAACGGGAGAUGUGUUGUUAUCGAACGCUCCGGAGUUUGGUGGAACUCACCUUCCAGAUCUUACAGUCAUCACCCCUGUUUUUGAUGCCCAAGGAAAAGAUAUAAUCUUCUGGACAGCUUCACGUGGCCAUCAUGCUGAUAUUGGCGGCAUCCUCCCCGGAUCCAUGCCUCCCUCAUCCAAAGAACUAACCGAAGAAGGCGCGCUAUUCGAAUCCUUCCUCUUGAUCCGUGACGGCGUACUCGACGAAGCUGGACUUGCUCGGCUACUCUGCGAUGAGCCUGCCAAGUACCCAGGGUCCAGCGGUACGCGACGCUAUCAAGACAACGUGACGGACUUGAAAGCGCAAGUGGCCGCCAACCACUGCGGCAUCCGCCUCAUCCAUCAGCUGAUUGAGGAGUAUUCGAUGGAUGUUGUUCAGGUGUAUAUGAAAGCGAUCCAGUCCUCUGCUGAAACUGCCAUUCGAAGCCUCUUUAAACGACUGGCUCGGGAAUUCGAUGGCAAGGAGCUCACGGGAACUGAUUAUAUGGAUGACGGGACUCCGAUUUGCCUCAAGGUUACUCUCAAUGAGAGCGAUGGUUCUGCGGUCUUUUAUUUCACUGGAACCGGGCCUCAAGUAUACGGCAACUGGAACGCUCCCAUCGCCAUAACCUACUCCGCCAUCAUCUUCUCUCUGCGCUGCAUGGUCGAUUCCGAUAUCCCGCUGAAUCACGGCUGUCUCACGCCCGUUCACGUGCGCGUUCCCAAACCAAGUCUUCUCAAUCCAGCUCCCACAUCCGCCGUGUGCGCUGGAAAUGUCCUCACCUCGCAACGGAUCGUAGAUGUGAUCUUUAAGACUCUUCGUGUUUGUGCUGCGAGUCAAGGCUGCAUGAACAACCUCUCCUUUGGCAACGAGGACUUUGGAUACUAUGAGACUAUCGCGGGCGGUAGCGGUGCCGGUCCCACCUGGUCGGGGACAAAUGGAGUUCAUACCAAUAUGACGAACACGCGGAUCACGGACCCUGAGUCCCUGGAACGUCGGUACCCGGUGCUGCUGCGUCGGUUUUGCUUCCGAGGGGGAAGUGGUGGGUGCGGUAAGUAUAGGGGCGGAGAUGGCGUGAUUCGCGAUGUGGAGUUCCGAAUUCCCAUGAUGGCGUCGAUUCUCUCCGAGAGGAGAUCGUUUAGACCGUAUGGUAUGGCUGGCGGUGGCGACGGGAAGAGUGGGUUGAAUUUGUGGAUCAAGGGGGAUUCAGGGACACAGGUUUCGAUUGGGGGUAAGAAUUCGGUGGCGGUUUCAGCGGGAGAUCGUCUGGUGAUUGAGACGCCGGGAGGUGGAGGAUAUGGGAGGCUUGGAGGUGAUCCCGGGAUGAUAAUAGAUGGCGCAAAGGCGAGGCACGGGUUCGUCCCGAUUGCGAAUGGGUCGGUGGAGGCGACUAGGAGUCUGGCGGAGCAGGUGUAA